AUGGUAUCACCAUCGGUGCUGGGAGCUGCAACGGGGGUCGGCCUGGCCCUGCUGAUAGCGCUCUCUGCCGUCAUCUACCGCUACUACUCCAGGAACCGCAAAGAAAUGAUGAUCGUCUUCCCUCCACCCCGCCGCCCCUCCCAAGACAGGCGUCAGAAACGGCUCCUGCACAUGCGUGAAGCGAGCGCCACCCUCGCCUUUCCUCCCCAGCAACAGUUCUCACGAGUUAUGUUUUCUCUGCAGAACUUCAGCAUCUUCCGAGAGCAGCCCCAGCGCACGCACCCUUCUCCGGCCUUCCUGUCGUCUUCGUGCCCCACACAGUCGUCCGGGAUGGCGGCGAGAGGGGUCAGUCCGGUCACCCACUCGUCCGCUUGCCAAGACCAUGUGUACGUGAGACUCUCCCUGCCGGACGUGCACGUGGAUGACGAAAAAGUAUCGGCCUCGCAGUCCAGUUACUCGUUGCCCGCAGUCCGGAAAAGGUCUCCAGUAAACCGUGCCCGUUCCAUGGAUGCCCGCGCCAUGCCUAGCCCCGUGCCCCGUCUCUCGAUCUGCACGCGCUGCGACAGUGGCGGGGGCCCCGCUUCCCCGUCGUUCCUGAGAACCCCUUCCCCCGAGGGCGGGGACCCAAUCCUGAGGCCCGUCAGCCCCACCGGGGGGAUCAGGCCCCGGUCGCUGAGCCCCCUCCUCUCCCCGGCUUACUCGCAGAACUCACAGAGCUCCAGAGACUCCCGAGACUCGGACUGCGGACCCAGUCCAGGAUCAGCGAGCCCCCUAGGUUCCAUUCAGCCCGAUUUGUAUAAAAAGAAAGAUAUGGUUUUCUUUCAUCAAUCGACGGAAAGUCAAGAUGGUUCCAAGUACGGCCGCCUACAUUUUCGCCUUAAAUACGACUUCGAUAGAUCAGACCUUGUUGUGCACGUCAUAGAAGCCUUGGACCUUGGCACGCUGUCUGCAAACGGUUUCAACGAUCCCUACGUGCAAGUGUCGUUAUUGCCGGAAGUGGACUCCAAGGUCCGGAGGACGGACAUCCGGCGCAACUGUCCGGACCCCUUCUUCAACGAGAUUUUCAAGUUCCCGGUGAGCUACGAAGAACUGGUCGAGAAGACGCUCUUGUUUCAAGUCUUCGACUACGACCGUUUCAGUCGCAAUGACGUCACUGGCGAAGUGCGGCUCAGCAUGUGCGAACUGGACAUAACGUCAGAGCUCGAGGUCUGGAGCGAAAUUCACAAAAGUGGAAGAGUUUCUCAAGACCGACCCGAGAUACUACUGUCUUUGAGCUACCUGCCGUCUGCCGGGAGGCUGACGCUUGUGGUGUUGAAGGCUUCCAAUCUUGUAUCUUCAGACAACAAAGAUUAUCCAGAUGCAUACGUGAAAGUGAGUCUCACUUCUGGUGACAACAAGAAGAUAAAGAAGAAAAAAACAACCACUAAGAAGGGUGCAAACAAUCCAGUGUGGAAUGAAGCCAUCAGCUUCGACGUCACAGAAGACGACCUCAAGCACUGCCACCUGGUAGUGAGCGUGGUGAACUGCCACCAUGGACACAGCCCGCUUCUCGGUACAUGUGUCCUAGGGCACAGGGGUCACGGACAAGGAUCUGUUCAUUGGGAUAACAUGAUACAGAACCCUCGAAAGUCCAUGGCAAUGUGGCAUCCACUCUAUAUUUGA